AGGCUGGGUCCAGCCCCGGCAUGGCUUUUGCAAGAGGCUGAAACCCUCCUGCACGCAUUGCUGGGCUCCUGCCCGCUCUCUUCCGCCGAUUCCCACGAUCGGGCAAGCUACACGUGUUUGGGAAGGCUUCUCUUGAAAAGCCGGCCACAAUGUCACCUGAAGAAAUCAUCUACUUGUCUGUGCUUCUCGUCUCCAUCCCAAUUGGUUUCCUCUUCAAAAAAGGGGGACUAAAGACCAAGCAAUUUGGAGGGGCGGCUGCAGGGCUCGUGCUGACUCUGGCCACUUGCCACAUCCACACCCUCCACUCGCUCAUCACCAUCCUGGGGACGUGGCUUAUUAUCAAUAUCUCGCCAAGGGCCUGCCACUACCUGACCCUUGGGUGGACCUUUUCCUACCUGCUCUUUUUCCGCACUGUGACCUUCUUUGACUUCCCAGAGCCGACACCUUUCACCAAUGCUGUGCAGCUUUUGCUCACUCUCAAGAUGGUGAGCUUGGCCAAUGAAGUUCAAGAAUUCACUCAGGCAAAGAAGCAAGAAGUGACAUCAUUUUCCAAGUCUUCUGUGAUUGGUGUGAUUCCUAAAAUGCCCGGAUUGGUUGAGAUCCUGUGCUACAGUUUUUGCUACGUGGGGCUCAUGACAGGUCCGUUUUUCCGCUACCGGACUCAUUACGAUUGGCUCAACCAGCCUGACUCCUCCGCCAUCCCAAGCUGGCAACCGCUGCUUUCCAGGGCCAAAUAUAUACCUGUCUUCGGGGCCCUUUUCCUGGCGGUCUCCCACUUCUUCCCUCUUAAUUAUGUCCGGAGCGACGCCUUCUACGAACGAGCGCUUCCUUUCCGCCUCUUCUACAUGGUGCCCAUCUUCUUCGUCUUCCGCAUGCGCUUCUACGUGGCCUGGCUGUGCGCCGAAUGCGCCUGCAUCGCUGCUGCCUUCGGGGCGUAUCCGACUGCUGCCAAAGCGCGCUCAGGCGGGGGCCCCACUCUGGAAUAUGAGCCCCUUAGCAAAUCAGCUGACGGGGAAGCAUCUGAAGUCACCUAUGAUUACGAAACAAUCAAGAACAUUGAUCCACAUGGCACAGACUUCUGUGUCAAGGUGAAGGAUGGCAUGCGCUAUUGGAACAUGAGUGUCCAGUGGUGGUUGGCACAGUACAUCUACAAAAAUGCCCCAGUCCGUUCCUAUGUCAUGAGGAGCGCCUGGACCAUGCUUAUCUCGGCCUACUGGCAUGGGAUCCAUCCCGGCUAUUACCUCAGCUUCCUUACCAUCCCGCUGUGCCUCGCGGCCGAGGGGGCCAUGGAGAGCGGGCUCCUAAAACACCUCUCCGCUUCUCAGCGCCUCUUUGGCGACUGGGUGCAGUGGUUCCUGAAGAUGAGGGCCUACGACUACAUGUGCAUGGGUUUUGUGCUGCUCACCUUUGAGGACACCGUCCGGUACUGGAGCUCCAUCUACUUUUGCAUCCAUGGAGCGGCCCUGGCAUUCCUCCUGCUGGGGAAAGUGUUGGGCUUCAGGAGGCAGCAGGCUUCCCAGAAAGACAAAGAUGGAGCCGUGGAGAGCCUACAACACAUGGAGUGACCAGGCUGAGACAAAGAUGAUGCAAAUGCUCCCAAAAACCCUGGGGGUCAGGGAAGCAUUCAGCAUAAGACUUCCGUUGCUGAGUUUCACCAAUAAAUGUAUAGCUGGAAAAUCCAAGAAAAGCAAACCGGAACUGAGCCUCGACAUCCCUGCUCCUCCUUUGCUCCCUUAAAGCUCUCCUGACAUAAGUUGCUGUCUGAGAACUCAUUUGAAACUAGUGAAUCCUAAGGAGGAUAAAUCCAUAUAUUUCUUCAGACUUUUGGGGCUUCUAGGCUUUCUUUCUACCCUUUCUCCCCUCCCAAAAAAGUCUGUUUCCUAGCAGCCCUCUCCUUUUAAAAAUAUUUCCUUUUAUAUUUUUAAGCUUACUCCAGAUCUCGACAGCUUUACUGAGACAAACUGCCCCAUUUCCAACACUCCUUUGUUUUCAUAGGAUCUUUUAUUUAAAUUGCACAGCUGAAUCCUUGAAAUAAUGUGCUGGGUUUGGAAGUGGGACUUGGAGGCUUGCUUCUUCUGUGGUAGACCAGCUGAGGACGCCAUGGAGCCAAAAUAUGUGGAAAGGCACAACCAGAUCAGUUGUGUUUUCAGAGUUUUGCCUUGAACUGCAAAACAAUUGUGUUGCUCUUACCUCACCCAGAAUUGAUGAUACCUCCGUUGGGGUGAGGUUCUGGGAGGUAAAAAGACACUUACAAGCCUGGAUCAUGGGAUGGUGAAAAGAGGAGACAACAAGAAUAAUGUGUUACUAAUUUGCUGGACAGAUACUAAUAUGAACAUGAAGUUUUGCAAGGAAAAAACUGCUAUAUUUAAAGGCAUCAAUGUUCACUUAUGGGGAAGCGGUUUCAAGCUGUGACAUUUGAAUUUCGGACAGCAAAAUACUGUUCUAGUACGUACAGUGCUACAAAUACAUAUUUGGGGAUGUGAGUCUUGAAAAAUUGGUUUUGCAUUACAUAACUCCCAAAUUAUUGUUAAUGUAACUUGGCCUGCUUCAAGAAUAGCGUUGUUAUAUCCAAAAAUAAAAAAUACAACACAGUCUGUAAAAAUAUUUUGUGGCCUAGGCUGAUGCCUAACUGAAAAAUAAAAAGGUUUUCUUACGAA